AUGUGCAACGAGCAGGUCCACGCGUUCCUGAAGGCGCUCCCCAAGUGCGAGCAGCACAUCCACUUGGAGGGCGCGCUGACGCCCGAGGUGCUGUUUGCCCUCGCCAAGAGCAACAGCAUCGCCCUCCCGAGCGACGACCCCGCAUUUGCCUCUCCGCAAGCUCUCCUUGCCCGCUAUGAACGUUUCACCUCCCUUGACGACUUCCUGCACUACUAUUACAUUGGCAUGUCCGUUUUGAUCCACGCCUCGGACUUCGAGGCGCUGGCCUGGGACUACUUCCAGCAUGCCGCCGCCGAUGGCGUGGCGCAUGCCGAAGUCUUCUUCGACCCGCAGGCGCAUACUUCCCGCGGCAUCUCGUACGAUACGGUUUUGCAGGGCUUCAGCGCCGCCCGCGAUCGCGCCACGCGCGAGCUCGGCAUCUCAACCGAGCUGAUCUGCUGCUUCCUGCGCCACCUCCCGCCGCAGGAUUGCCUCGACACGUUCGAGCACGAGCAGGUGCAGGCUAGCUACAUUGGCGGCAAGAUUGCGGGUAUCGGUCUGGACUCGUCCGAGGCGCCCUUCCCGCCGCAGCUGUUCGAGGAGCUGUACUCGCGCGCCGGCAAGCUGGGUCUGAAGCGCACCGCCCACGCCGGCGAAGAGGGCCCCGCCGGCUUCAUCCAGGACUCGCUCGACCUGCUGGGCGUGCAGCGCAUCGACCACGGCCGCCGCCUGACCGAGGACCCCGCACUGAUGAAGCGCAUCGCCGAGCAGAAGAUCCUGCUGACGACGUGCCCGCUGAGCAACGUCGUGCUGCGCGGUAUCAAGGAGGUCGCCGAGAUGCCGAUCCGUCAGUUCAUCGACGCCGGCGUGCGCUUCAGCAUCAACAGUGACGAUCCCGCUUACUUUGGUGGUUACAUCCUCGAUAACUACGUGGCCGUGCAAAAGGCCUUUAACUUGUCCGUUAAUGACUGGGACUGGAUUUGCAGGGGCGCCAUCGAGGGCAGUUGGUGCCAGCAGGAGCGCAAGGAUGAACUGCUGAAGGCGCUGGACGCUGUGAUCAGCGAGUACAAGGGGAAGCUGAGUGCCUAA